AUGCGUUUCCUCACCGGCGUGGUUUCUGUUCUGUCCUCGGUGGCCCUGAUGGGUUACGCUUACCCGACGACAAUUGAUAUUCGAGACAUCCCUACCAACCAGCUCGAUGACUUCAAGUUCUGGGUGCAGUAUGCGGCUGCCACCUACUGCCCCAACAACUACGUUGCCAAAGAUGGCGACAAGCCGAACUGCUCCGUGGGCAACUGCCCCGAUGUCGAGGCGGCUGAUACCACCAUCAAGCUCAGCUUCUCCGACGACACCAUUACCGACACUGCCGGUUUCGUGGCCGUAGACAACACCAACAAGGCCAUCAUCGUCGCUUUCCGUGGUUCCUACUCCAUCCGCAACUGGGUCACCGACGCAACCUUCCCCUACACCAACCCCGGACUGUGUGACGGCUGCAAGGCCGAGCUGGGCUUCUGGACCGCCUGGAAGGUCGUCCGGGACCGCAUCAUCAAGACCCUGGACGAGCUGAAGCCCGAGCACAGCGACUACAAGCUCGUCGUUGUGGGCCACAGUCUCGGCGCCGCCAUCGCCUCGCUCGCCGCUGCGGACCUGCGUACCAAGGGCCACGACGCUAUUCUGUACGCCUACGCUGCGCCACGGGUGGCCAACCGGGCCCUCGCCGAGUUCAUCACCAACCAGGGCAACAACUACCGUUUCACCCACAACGACGACCCCGUUCCCAAGCUGCCCCUCUUGACUAUGGGCUACGUGCAUAUCAGCCCUGAAUACUACAUUCACGCUCCGGACAACACUACUGUCACCGAAAAUGAAGUCACCGUUCUCGAUGGAUACGUUAACUUCAACGGAAACACCGGCACCAGCGGCGGACUGCCUGAUCUCCUGGCCUUCCACUCGCAUGUGUGGUACUUCAUCCACGCCGAUGCCUGCAAGGGACCUGGAUUGCCCUUCCGCUAA